GAAACUAAUAGAGAUACUAGAGCCCACUCUAUCUGCAAAGUCACGAUAAGUUUAGGACGCAAACCUGUGUUAUCUAUCUGUUAAUGUUGCGUUGUGUCGUUUCCAGCUGUUAAGGCGCAUCUGCAGGUGUCUGCGCUUACUUGGAAAAGCAAAGACCUAUUUGUUUUGUUUUGUUUUUUUUAUCAGCGGUCACUUUUUUCUUUUCUACCACGAGGGAGGGAAAGAGAGACUGGAUAUCGCUGAGGCUGGGUUCUGUCUUUCGGGUCCGGAUCAUGAGUGGUUUAUUCAGUCUCCUGUAACCUACACUCAUUUGUUUUUGCAUCAAUUUGCAUGAAGUUGGGAAAGUGUAGGAACUGCGUCGCCGCAACAUCGGUAGGAUCCGACCAGUGAGGCUGAAAGUACGUGCCGUGAAUCCAAAACACAGCCUGGAGUGAUUUUUUUUUUUUUUUUUUUUUCUUUCUUUCCCCUUCUUCCUCCCCCCUAAAGCAUCUUCUAAUCGAAUUACCUCCGACAUUACCCAUUUGACCUCUUGUAACUUGGACUUUCUUUUUUGCAUUUAUUGAUUGAGAGCAGAGACUUGCCAAGUUAUUCUAGUAUUAUUUUUUAAUUUUUACAUUUUUUUUGACAAAUAAUCGAAAUGGCGUCACUGUAUCAGAGAUUCACCGGCAAGAUCAACACAAACAAGUCCUUCCCCAACCCUCCAGAGGCGAGUCAUCUCCUCGGGCAAAACGUGGAAGGGGAGAGGCCGGCGGAGACCCAGCGACCCCGCUUUCAGCAUCAGUACCGUCGGCGCUGCGAGGAUGAGGAUGAGCUGGUGGGCAGUAACCCUCCGCAGAGGAACUGGAAGGGAAUAGCGAUCGCCCUUCUUGUCAUUCUGGUCAUCUGCUCGCUGAUCGUCACCUCCGUCAUCCUGUUGACACCAGGUGAGGAUGACCAUCUGGCUCUCAAAAGCAAGGUGACUGUCGGAGACCUGUUUAAAAAAGACUUCAAGGUUCAUGACCCGAAUGCCAAAUGGAUCAGCAGUAAUGAACUGUUGUACCGGAACCGUGACGGCGAUGUCGUCAAGUUCAACGUCGACACCAAUGAGACGACCAUUUUGGUGCAUAACAAGAAGUUUGAAAUGUACAAAGCCAGCAAAUACGAGGUGUCUCCUGAUUUGAAGCAUGUGCUGCUGGCCUACAAUGUUGCACCGGUGUACCAGUAUUCCUACACAGCCUUCUACAUUAUCUGCAGUCUGGAGACUCCGGAGACGUGGAACUUGAACCCUCCAGAGGUCCGAAACGCUCAGUUGCAGUAUGCAGGUUGGGGACCCCAGGAUCAGCAACUGAUCUUCAUAUUUGAGAACAACAUCUACUUCCGCUCAAAGGUCGAGAGUCGCUCCAUUCGUCUGGUCUCCACCGGCAAGGAGGGCGUCAUCUUCAAUGGACUCAGUGAUUGGCUGUAUGAAGAGGAAAUUUUCCACUCCCAUAUUGCUCAUUGGUGGUCUCCAGAUGGUGCCAGGUUAGCAUAUGCUACCAUCAACGACACUCUGGUGCCCAAGAUGGAGCUGCCCAUGUUCACAGGAUCCCCCUACCCGAUGGGGAAGGAGUACCACUACCCAAAGGCUGGUGAAGAAAACCCAGUCAUCACUUUAUAUGUGGUCAACCUGAAUGGUCCACUUCACACCAUUGAGAUGAGGAGACCUGAUGAUCCCAGAAUAGGUGAGUUCUAUGUGACUAUGGUCAAAUGGGCCACCACCACCAAACUGGCCAUCAACUGGCUGAACAGAGCUCAGAACAUCUCCGUCCUCACACUGUGUGAAGCCACUACUGGAGUUUGCACUAAGAAACAUGAGGAUGAAAGCGAAGGGUGGCUGCACACACAGAAUGAGCAGCCCCUGUUUUCUAAAGAUGGUCUGAAGCUGUUCUUCACUCGAGCCAUUCCUCAAGGGGGUCGAGGAAAGUUCUUCCACAUCUCUAUGUCGACCUCACAGGUACACAGCAGCACAGACACUCUACAGUCCAUCACAUCUGGAGACUGGGAUGUCACCCAAGUCCUGGCUUACAAUGAGGAUAGCCAGUUAAUAUACUUCCUUAGUACUGAAGACGGUCCAAGGCGUAGGCAUCUGUACAGCGCUGACACCUCCGGUUCUUUCAACCGCCGGUGCUUGACAUGUGCCCUGGCCAUUAACUGUGGAUAUGUAACUGGAUCCUUCAGCCUUAACAUGAGCUACUUUCUACUCAACUGCCAAGGGCCCGAUAUCCCAUUCGUCACUGUAUACGCCGUAACGAAGGCACCGAGAGACGGAGAAAUGGAGACACAAGAGGGAGAAAGUAUUAUAGAAGUGUACAAACUGGAGAACAAUGAGAACAUGAGGCGGACCCUGGCCUCCAUGCAGAUGCCCAAAGUGGAAUAUCACGACAUCAACAUGGAAGAUUACACUUUAUCGAUGCAGAUUCUUAAACCUGCCGGCUUCAUGGACGCAUCACACUACCCCCUGCUCCUGCUUGUUGAUGGGACCCCUGGUGGCCAGAUGGUGUCAGAACAGUUCCACAUGGACUGGGCCACGGUGCUGGUGAGCAGUUUUGGAGCCAUCGUGGUUCGCUGCGACGGACGAGGCAGUGGUUACCAGGGAACCAACCUGCUCCACAGGAUCCAGAAGAAACUGGGGGUGUUUGAGGAACAGGAUCAGAAGGAGGCGCUCAACGUUAUUCUGAAAGAGCAGUACAUUGACAAAACCAGAGUUGGAGCUUUUGGAAAGGUGUAUGGAGGCUAUGUGACGAGUCUGUUACUCAGCGGCGAGGAGUCUCCUGUAAAGUGUGGAGCUGUUCUCUCACCCAUCACUGACUUUGAAUUAUAUGCCUCAGCGUUUUCAGAGAGAUAUCUUGGCCUACCUAAACCCGAUCCCAGAGCAUACACAAUGGCGAAUUUAGAACACAGAGCAUCCCAGUUUAUGGACAAGAAGUUUCUUAUUGUUCAUCCAACUGCUGAUGAAAAAGUCCAUUUCCAGCACACAGCAAAAUUCAUUGCUCGGCUUAUUAAUGAAAAGGCCAACUAUACUUUACAGAUCUACCCAGACGAAGGUCACUUCAUUCACAGCGAAGCGACACGGCAGCACCUCAGCCAAUCCCUUGUAAAUUUCUUCGAGGAAUGCUUCAGGCUACCGGAGAGAGUGUUUGAGGAGGCGCUGGAGGAGGAGAACGAAGAUGAGGGUUAGCUCGUCCUCGCGUGGCUCAUCCUACAACCUGGAAUCCUCCCCAUCCAUAAGUCCAUUCCGCUCCCCGUGUCCAAGCACAACACUGGCGCCUAGCUGUCCACAAUAUGCAACUCUCAUCUGUUCCCAAUCAAUUCGUUUUGGUUCGGUUGCUGCAUUUGGAUCCCCGUGUCCGCAUCACUGAACCUGAGACUGCCUUUCCGAGCAGACGACGCAUCUACGCCUCGUACUCAUCCUCCCGUCUUCAUCCGCCCCCCCCACCCCCCUCCCAAACCUCGGCCCAAAAGGUCCCUCCGGAAGAGCCGACAAAGACUGAUGACCUGACACGAUAUUUUGGACAAACCGAAGCGAGAUGGAUCCGGCAGGAAGCAGUCUUCUUUAAACGAUGAAAGGACCAGCUCCUCGAAAGCAGUGGAGAGAAAGCCUCGGCUCUCACACAGACUUCCGAACUGCGAGGAGAAGGAGCAGCUAACAGCACAUAACUCGUUGGCUUGUAUAUUUAUGAAAAAUCAGACGCCUGGUGAGAAACACUGGACGGCGGUAUUUGUAAAGGGUGUCUCGGAUCAUGCGGAUACAGGAAAUGUUACUAUUUUUAAAGUUGUGAAGAACUUUUCAUGUUGGACUGUGGUUGUGUCUGUUGUUCUUACAGUACAUGUAAAAUAGCACACAAACAUUCACUCUCGGCUACUACGGAUAUGUUUUCUUCGGGUAAUUCCGUUUGCCCUGAUGUUGUUUUUAUCUUGUAGUCUCAUUUUAUGUAUUUCAGUGACGCUGACGGAACUAUCAAAUCUGGCAAAAUGUGUAGAGGGAAAAAAAAAAAAGAAAAAAA